CAAACUAUUUGGAAGGGAGUGACACGGGAGGGUGCAUUUGGGUAUAUAUAGCACCGUUUGUGCAACUUUCCUGACAAUCUCCCUGGACGAGGAAGAGAAGGGGUCAUCACGAAGUGCGGAGGAAGACUGGCUGUUUACCGAAGCCAUGGCUCUCAAUGUACUUUUCUUUCUAUUGAUCACAUCAGUGAUUAUACAAACCGCGACAUCGCACACCUUCAAAUCGAUUUACUUGGUGACGGUCAGCUCGGAGGUGGUAGGAGGGACCACAGAGAAACUUUGUGCUCAGGUCUACCAAGCCACAGAGCCUCUGUUGUUGAAGGUGUCGCUGGAAAUGGAGGGUGGCAGCGGCACCAUUCUACUGGAGGAAGACGUAACACAGGACUUCUAUCGCUGCAUCUCCUUCCAGGUACCCCCAGUGAAGGCUGACAGUGUGGCCACUGUUCUUGUCAGCAUCAAGGGGAGGAAGGAUGAGAUGAGUAACAAGACAAAGAUCCUUAUCAAGCCUAAAAGAUUCCUCACCAUUUUCCAGACCGACAAACCAGUCUACAAACCUGGACAGACAGUCAAGUUCCGAAUCGUCUCGCUGGAUGCCAGUUUCUUGUCAUUCAAUCAGAUGUAUCUAACAGUGGAGCUUCAGGACCCGAACUCCAACCGCAUUGCUCAGUGGUUGAACCAGUCAACAGUGAGUGGAAUUCUGGACCUGUCCCACCCCAUGUCUGCAGAGGCAACGCAAGGAAGUUACAUCAUCACUGCAUGGAAUGAGAAGGGAGAGCAAACUUCCCAAACCUUUGACAUCAAAGAAUAUGUUUUACCCAAAUAUGAGGUCAAAGUCUAUCUACCCCAAACAAUCACUAUUCUGGACAAGCAAGCAACGCUGAGAGUUUGUGGAAAAUACACUUAUGGAAAACCAGUGGUUGGGUCUGUCACUGCAAAAGUUUGCAGAAUUGCAGUUCAAUAUUACUGGUUAUUUGAUUCUAGUAAUAUCUGCGAGGUGUAUCUUAUCAAAACUGACAAAACUGGUUGUGCAACCCAAAUGAUCGACUUGACCCGGUUCCGUCUACGUGAAUCUUUUGGGGACUUCGAAGUGGAGACUGAGCUGGAAGAAUAUGGAACUGGGGUCAUCCUUAAAGGUAGUGGCAAGGCAAGCUUCACCAAUGUCAUCGUAACUGUUCGUUUUGAGGACGUGCCCCAAGCAUAUAAACCAGGAAUUGCAUACGAGGGGAAGAUCAAGGUGACCGGUCCCGACUCUAGUCCCGUUCCCAAUGAGCCUGUGUAUCUCUUCCUACAAAACAGUGGCAAAUCUGAGAACUGGACUCUCACCACAGACAGCAAGGGCAUUGCUUCCUUCUCUCUAGACACUUCUCUAUGGAGUUCUGAUUCUGUCUCUCUGUCGGCUCGUUAUCAAAAGGUUGAGGAGGAUUAUCCGUACGUGCAGGGUUUGCGUAGACCAGAAUAUUCAUCGGAUUACCACUUCGUAAGAGAAUUUUAUUCUAAGAGCAAGAGCUUUGUGAAGAUAAUGCAGGGCGAAGGGAAGUUCUCCUGUGAGAAGGACGGUAUUGUUCUUGCUCACUACAUCAUCCAAGGGGUGGAGCUGAAAAAGGGACAGACGACCCUGGACUUUUUCUAUCUGGUUAUAUCUAGAGGCAGCAUUCGGCAGCACGGCCGUCUUCCUGUGACCAUUAAAGAAAGAAAAGUUAACCAAGGGCAGCUGAUGCUCUCGCUGCAGCGGAUGCCUGAGCUGACCCCUUUUGCCCAGGUAGUGGUGUACACCGUGUUGCCUGAUGGGGAGGCAGUAGCAGACAGCCGAGACUUCCCCAUUCACCUCUGCCUUAAAAACAAGGUGUCCCUGAAGUUCUCGUCCCUCCAGGAGUUGCCAGGGGAGAAGACCUCUCUGAGACUCCAGGCCCACCCAGGGUCUCUGUGUUCUCUCAGGGCCAUCGACCAGAGUGUGCUGCUGCUGCAGCCUGAACAGGAGCUCACCCUAGACUCUGUCUUCAGUCAGCUGCCUGUUCAGAAGUUGUCUGGAUAUUCAUACAUGGUAGAAGACCCCUACCCAUGCCUUCAAUAUCCUCCAAGAUUUGAAGAGGCGAUGAUUAGGCCCCUUCCACCUGUACCAGAGUUGGUUGUACCUGAUUGGGGGAAACGCUCAUUCAGGUUUGGCCCCAGCGACGACAAAAACGAUGUCUACAGCAUCUUUAAAGAAGUUGGAAUCAAGAUCCUGACCAACUCUGACGUGAAAAAACCUUACGACUGCAACACAUUCUUUGCAAGGAACGAAAAUGGUAUAAUAGAAGCUCGUCCCAUGAACAUGAUGCCAAAUGAGGAGAGUGCACCAACCUCUGGCGCCUCUGACAGGCCUAAGGAGACCGUCCGCACGUACUUCCCUGAGACCUGGAUCUGGGACCUGGUUCCUGUGGGACUUACAGGAAAAGUGAAUGUUGAGAAGACUGUCCCAGACACCAUCACUAAGUGGGCUGCAGGGGCGUUCUGUACUUCCCCAGUGGGUUUUGGCCUGGCUCCCAACACUGGCCUCACUGCCUUCCAACCCUUCUUUGUGAGCCUGACGCUGCCCUACUCUGUCAUCCGGGGGGAGGUGUUCACACUCAAGGCCACAGUGUUCAACUACCUCUCCAAGUGUAUCAUGGUGAAGGUGACUCUAGCUGAGUCCAACCAGUUCAAAGCCAGGACAUGUGAAGGCUGCCAGUACACACUGUGUCUGUGUGCUGAAGAAAGCAGGACCUUCACGUGGAUCCUCACCCCAACUGCUCUAGGGGAGGUGAGUGUGAAAGUGAGCGCCGAGGCAUUGAAAACUGAGAAGCUCUGCGGCAACGAGGUGGCCACGGUGCCAGAGAAAGGACGUAUUGACACCGUUGUGCAAACACUGCUGGUGGAGGCUGAGGGAACCCAGGAGACGGUCAGCCACAACGCUCUGCUCUGCCCUGCAGAGGGCCCGGUGGAGAAGGACAUCUCUCUGAAGCUGCCUAAGGUGUUUGUGGAGGGCUCUGCCAAGGCCUCCCUCUCAGUACUGGGUGACCUGAUGGGUCGGGCCAUAAAGAACCUGGACAGCCUGUUGCAGAUGCCCUAUGGCUGUGGAGAGCAGAACAUGUUGCUUUUUGCUCCCAACAUCUACAUCCUCAACUACCUGCAAAGCACCAGGCAGCUCACCGAGGAGAUCCAGACCAGGGCCACAGGCUUCCUAGACAGUGGCUACCAGAGAGAGCUCAACUACAAGCAUGACGAUGGCUCCUACAGUGCCUUUGGGAAGAGCGAUGAGUCUGGAAACACGUGGCUCACCUCCUUUGUGCUGAAGUCCUUUGGAGGGGCCAAGCCCUACAUCUUUGUGGACCCCGCCCACAUUGCCCAGGCCAAGGCCUGGUUGGCCAGUCACCAGCAGACGGAUGGCUGCAUCGCGUCAGUGGGGAAACUCUUCCAUAACGGCAUGAAGGGAGGUGUUGGGGAUCAAGUGUCACUCACUGCCUACAUCACCGCUGCACUGCUGGAGCUGGAUGGCAACACUUCUGACCCCAUGGUGGAGAAGAGUCUGAUGUGUCUGAAGGCAGCAGUGUCUGACAAGCUGGAGAACACCUACACCAUAGCCCUGCUAUCUUACACCUUCACCCUGGCCCAAAACCAGGACAUGAGGGCCAAGCUCAUCACCCACCUGGACAAGAUAUCUGCUACCUCCGGUGGCAAUCGUCACUGGGAGAGAGCAGAGGCUUCUGGGACAAAGACUGACUCUCUGGAGGUGGAGAUGACAUCCUAUGUGCUGCUGGCGCUGCUCUCCGGUCCCACCAUGCCAGGCUUUGGGCUGGAAUACUCCAUUGGCAUCGUCCGAUGGCUGGCCCAGCAGCAGAACCCCUACGGAGGAUUCGCCUCCACACAGGACACAGUGGUAGCACUGCAGGCCCUGGCCAAGUACAGUGCUGCCACCUUCAGUCCAGAGGGCGCUAGUACAGUCAGUGUGAGCUCGGCCGGUGGCCUGAAGAUGAAGUUUACUGUGAAUCAGAGCAACAGGCUGCUCUAUCAGGAGGUGCAGCUGAGGGAGGUCCCUGGGGACUACAACAUCAAGGCACAGGGAAAGAGCUGCGUGUUUGUGCAGAUCGCCAUGCACUACAAUAUUCCCCCUCCUCCUGACUUCUCUGCUUUCAACAUCUCAACAGAGACGCUUGGGAAAUGUGACGGCACCAAGAAAUCUCUGAUCGUGUCUGUGGCUGUCAGGUACAAUGGUCGGCGAGAGGAGACCAACAUGGUGAUCCUCAAUGUCAAGCUUCUCUCCGGCUUCGUCCUGGACAAGUCCUCCCUCGGGCCUUUGAAAAAUGACCCCACUGUCAAACGUGUUGACCUGGAUGAAGGACAUGUCAUCAUCUACCUAGAUGGGCUCAAGCAGAAGGAAACGAAGACGUACAGCCUGGCCAUAGAGGAGGAUGUGCCUGUGAGGAAUCUGAAACCAGCAGUGGUGAAAGUGUAUGACUACUACCAGACAAGUGAUGAAGCUGUGAGUGAAUACAGCUCCCCGUGUGCAGAGUGAUCAUCAAUGAAGUGUGACAGACAGCCGAUCAAGCUGACUGGACCUGGGCUCAGCCAAUUGCUUUCCUAUUUGGUGCUUACAGUUCCUGGUUACACAUUGACCAACUUGUAAUCUGUUUAACAUUAAGUGAACACAAUUGAAUAGCUGGGCCUUAAGAUUUUACCUCUACUUCUGUUGUAAUCCUGCUAAAGUGAUUGUAGUGUUUCUACUGCAAAUUGAAAUAUUAAUAAAACCAUGCUAUGGAUUCAAAACAAA